CGGAGACGCUCACGCCGCUCAACAAGACCGUCCACGCAAACUAAGUCCAGAAAGGUGUCACGAUGCUGUCGUUCCUCUGCAACUCCACUAGGGGCAAACCAUCCUUCCUCUGUUUGGCACAGCUUCUCCUUGUCACUCUGUGUCUCCGCUCCAUUCACACAGCAACUCUCCGGGCGCAUCGACUGCGGGAGGGUGAAUCAGACCCGCCACAGUCCUCUAAUGCUGACAUGAUCAAAGCUUUGGAGUACAUCGAGAGUCGUCGUCAGAAAACGGGCUCACAGGAGAAGCCCCUGGACCCAGCAGGGAAUGACGGCCGCCACUUGGAUGACGCUCAGAAAAUGCGGGCCAUGGUAAGAGUUGCUCCCAACCCGACGCGUGUAGAAAAUGACGAUGACGAAGAAGCCAUGGAUGAGGAGAGGAGUGAGGACAAGAGUGAGGAGCUGCUCCAAGCUGUACUCAGCACGCUACAGCAGACCGAAAGGGCCUCCAAGCCCCCUUUGUCUCAUCCUUCCUCGCUGCUGGGGACUAACGUGAAAGAUGGCAUGCACCCCAGAGUGCAGAAGCAACAGGGCAUUAUGCCACACAAGAAGAUGCCCUUAAUGUUUGAGGACGAUGAAGAAGGUGAGGGAGAUGAAGAGGAAGAGGAGGAGGAUCACGGAAGCCCCUUUAAACGCACCAACGAGAAUCUUGAGGAGAAGUACACGCCUCAAAACCUAGCAACACUACAGUCAGUCUUUGACGAACUGGACAAGUUUACCAAUGAGAAGCCAGCACACAAACGGCGGGACGAGGAGGAGGAUGGCCAGGAUGAGGAAGCGGAAGAAGGGUUGUUCAGUCUAAGAAAUGUGGACUAUGACAACGAAGGUGAGGACCUAGCAGACUGGGGUCCGCUUGAACAGCAAAGGGAGGAAGAUGAGGAAGACGAGGAUGACAAACAAGAGUGGGCCCGUAGCCUUGAUUAUGUUGAUGAGGAAGAGGAGCAGGAUGAGGAUGGGGAGGAAAGGUAUCCUGUUGCACGGUCAACAGAUCCAGACCAGGUUGACUAUUACCUUUUCAAGGUACUGGAGAAAACAGAGGAGGAGGAGCAGAAGCGAGAAAUUGAAGAGGAGAGCAAGAGGGCUAAGAGGCGAGUAGCUCAGUACAGAGAUAACAUUGACCCACAAAUUAUUUAUCAAAUCAUUCAGAUCUCCCAAAAAUACCAGAUUCCGCCUGAAGAUAUUUUGGAUAUGCUCAAGACAAGAGAAACAGCUAGUCAGGGAAAGACACGACAGAGCAAAGAUAAAAACAAACUCUGGCAGAUGUCCUCAAAGAAGACCUACAGGAUUCCUCCCACUAAAUUCUACAACAGACGCCUCCCUGCCAGAAAGAGCAGCCCCAAAAACCUGCAGACUGAAGCAAUCCUCAACAUUUUAGGCUUGAGGAACACACAGAACCAAGAUCAGACUCCCGUCUGGAAGCCGAACAGGAGCUCGGCAUCACGAAUUCACGCUCUGGCAGCGGGACGCACGGGCGACCUCACUCCCACGCAGCGAGGUUUCCCUCCCGCCACGUCAAAGGACUAUGAUGACACAGCAGAUGGUGAGCUGGCUGCGUAUCUGGCGGCUCAGAUGAUGGCGCGGUACCCCAAUCCCGCAUACCGCUAUGGCAAGGCCGGCCAGAAGCGGGACGAGGCAGGGCAGAGCGCAGCGGGGUCCUUUGAGCAGGCCAUGCAAGAUUAUUUGGAUCAAACGGACUCAGAUGAGGAGCAGAAUAAAAAGAGACAGUCUGAAGAUGGCGAGAGAGGUGGCGGCACGCAAGGUUUUGAUAACCAGGCUGUGAUGAAACUGAUGAGGUAUCUCGUCCCAGAAACUGAAGACAGUGAGAGCGAAGCCAAAUCUGGUCUGGUAUAAAGCAAGCUGCAGGUGUAUACAGUAUACAGGAUGAUCUCAAUAACGUUGAAUGUCAUGGAAAAGUUCGUUCAUUCCAUUAGCUCAAAUCAAAAAAUGAAAUUGUAUAGAAUAGAUAGAAAAACACAAAUUCGUACCUUAUUUUCCAUAUUGAAAAUCAUUUUCCUUCUUUCUUGAGAUAGUCAAGAGACAGCCAAUUUGGGGUUUUCCUUCACUCUAAGUUAUCUUCACCAAAACAUUAAGUUUUCUGCAAUAUUCUUAUUGAGAUGCUUCUGUGUUUGCAUGUAUAUAAUAUUGUUGAGAUGCAGGUGGACAGAGACUAAAAUGAAAUAUUUUCAAAGAUAUAAACCUUCCUCUGUAGGUUUACUGACUGUCUUACUUAUUGAAAAAUAUGAGUGUUCUGACAUUAAUUUGUGUUAGUUACGCAACAUCCCGAACAUGUGACUCAACAGCCUUGACACACAAGCAUGCACACGCACAUGGACACAUGUGCACACGCACACACUCAAACACACACUCACAGAUAAACAUAUCAGUGUUGAACCCCUUAGAUUCAGUUGUGUUUGUUGGUAAUUCUUUCUUAAAUGUGGGCAC